AUGGCAGAUAAUGUGGAGUAUGAUGAAGAAAGAAAUGAGGAAUCGAAGGAUCAGGACGAUGGAAAGAUGAAUGGUCUUGUAAAAUCGGAUAGAAAACAGCAACAGGUGAACGGCUAUACUGAUCAAAGAAAUUUAAUACCGGAACCACCUGAUGGUGGUUAUGGUUGGGUUAUUGUUUGCAUAGCAUUUUUAUCAAAUUUCAUAGUUGAUGGUAUAUCAAAUUCAUUUGGUGCUUUUGUAAAUAUUUAUCAACAGCAUUUUAAUGAAACAAAAGCAGCAGUCUCAUUAAUUGGCUCAUUGCUUAUUGGCUGUUAUUUACUUAUUGGUCCAGUCGCUGGUGGUUUAGUAAAUAAAUAUGGUGCUAGGAAGGUUGCAAUCACUGGAUCGUUGAUAUCAGCUUUAUCAUUUGCUGCUUCGAUUGUGUCUUCGAAUAUCUAUAUAUUUAUGAUAUUUUAUGGAGUUCUUGGAGGAAUCGGUUUCGGUUUAAUUUUUUUACCUGCAAUCGUUUAUGUUAGCUAUUACUUCGAAAGUAGACGCUCAAUUGCAACUGGAAUCGCUGUUGCUGGCUCAGGUGUUGGAACAUUUGUUAUGCCCCAAAUUUGCAUGCUUCUUUUAAAUAAGACGGGAUGGCAAGCCACUGUUUGUGUUUUGGCAGCAUUUAGUCUUCUAUGUGGUAUUGUCGCUUUUUUAUACAAGCCACUUGAACCACCAAGUGUGAAAGAUGAUCUAGAAAAGGAACCACUUAAGGAUUCAGAAAUUGAUCCAAGACCUAUGGAGUUAUUUUUGGAUACGCCGAUUGCAGAAAGCCCUACCAAAAAAGCGCAGCGUGGAUUAUCAUCACUCGCAAACAUGGAUUUGGUUGACAUUCCUAGUGGAAUGGAACCGGAGAAGUUCGCUCGACUUCGAUCAGCAUUAAGCGAAUGCGAAAAUCCUUCUACACCAGUUCGUCCAUCACUUUCGCCUAUCACUGAACAUCCAGCUCGUGCAAAAAGAACAGAAUCUGCAUACUAUACUCAUGCUGAACGUGCUUAUUCAUUAUCAACUCGAGCGAGGAAACUUACGCUUACAAGUACCGGAAGUGAAAUGGCUUCAACUCAAGAUCUUAAAAAUCGCUUAUGUGCUCCAGAUCAACUAAGCAAAAUAUCUGUUCGAAGUUAUGCACAGUCUAUGAAUCGUUUAAAUUACUGUAACCAAAUGAAGGGAGCUCAGUCACUGCUUUCCGUUGUUUGUCUUUCAAUACUAAAUUUAGAUAAAAGAAUCAAAAAUUCAGUUCGAUUAUCUCGGGGCCUCAUUAUUGCGGUGACAAAGAUGAUGUGCUUACAGAACAGUGUUCAUUCGAAAGAAUUUGCAAGACCUAUGAAUCGAAGGGAUAUCUUCUAUAUGGGUUCAAUUUGCAAUCUUCACGAAUUCGUUGAGGAAGGCCGAAAUUAUCGUAGUUAUCGUGAGUCGCAAACGUGUAUUCCAGCAGCAGUUGCUUCACAAGAAUUAUGCGGUUUAUCACAAGUCGGUGACAUAGUAGACAUUCAAAGUAAAAUUAGUGGCAGUCGAAUAAGCCGAGUAACUGGUGGUGUUGGACCUGAGGAAGAAGAAUUAAUGGAAUAUUUUGAUGAUAGCAAAUUUAAAUGGUUAUCACUAUCAGUUCGUAGUGCAGUGAGUGAAAUGAUUGAUAUACAAUUACUUAAAGAACCGGUGAUGGUACUUUUGUGUGUUUCAAAUUUGUUAAGUAUGCUUGGAUUUUAUGUACCAUUUAUGUUUACAAUUGAUAUGGCAAUUAAGUUGAAAAUCAUGCCAGAGAAGGCUUCUCUUUUAUUAUCUAUAAUUGGAAGAAUAGCAUUUGGUUGGAUUGCUGACCGUGGCUGGAUAUCUUCCUUGUCAAUGAACAAUGCUUCACUUAUCAUUUGCGGCUUAUUGACCUGUGCAUGUCCAUUUCUAAAUGAUUUCAUUAGUUUGGCAUGCUAUGCUUCUCUUUUUGGUUUUAUAAUUGCUGCAUAUGUCUGCUUAACUUCUAUUGUUUUAACGGAUUUGCUCGGGUUAGAACGAUUGACGAACUCGUUUGGUCUUUUGGUUGUCAGUCGUGGAAUUGCAUCGCUUUUAGGCACACCAUUAGCCGGUUUAAUUUGCGAUUUAACGAAUUCGUAUGACAUUUCAUUUUGCUUUUCUGGAAGUUUAAUAAUUCUUUCUGGGCUUGUUUCAUGUGUGAUUCCCUAUUUCCAUCGCCUUCGUCGAGAUAGAAUUGCCUAUGAAGUCGAUGAAGUCAAAGAGAUGAAGGCAGAAGACGUGCAAUCUGGCAAAUUAUCAGUACUCACUGAACGAUCAGAAGAAAAUCUUACAGAAUAUCAACGAACGAUUCAGAGUCUUCGACAGCAACAAAAGCUUUUACGAGAAUAUGAGGAAGAACGAAAAACAGCGCUACUGAAUAAAUCAAAAAAGCCGCAAACUGUAGAUGAGUCUGAAGAAUCUGAAGAUAAAAAUGAAAUAGCACAUGAAUCUCAAUAA